AUGGCAAAGGUAAGGCAGGAAGGUGCCUCUCCGCCCUGGCUGGGCGAUCCGCCGCCGGACACAACGUGGCUCCGGGGGCGAGCAGGGAUUUGGUUUUUCGAUUCUGUAUCUUUAUUCAGGAGCAUAAGGUUGCUUGCUGAUCACAAGAAGAUGUUGCUGUGGCUCGUUCUGGUUUUGUCAACCCCAGUUUCUUCUACAAAUGCAGAUCCUGACAUCUCGGUGGAAAUUUGCAAUGUUUGCUCGUGUGUGUCAGUUGAGAAUGUACUGUAUGUCAAUUGCGAGAAGGUUGCAGUCUACCGACCAAAUCAGCUCAAACCACCUUGGUCUAAUUUUUACCAUCUUAAUUUUCAGAACAACCUACUGAUUAUUCUAUAUCCAAAUACAUUUCUUAAUUUUACACAUGCAGUGUCCCUGCAACUGGGUAACAAUAAAUUGCAGAACAUUGAGGGAGGAGCAUUCCUUGGGCUCAGUGCAUUAAAACAGUUGCACUUGAACAACAAUGAAUUAAAGAUUCUCCGAGCUGACACUUUCCUUGGCAUAGAGAACUUGGAGUAUCUCCAAGCUGACUACAAUUUAAUCAAGUAUAUUGAACGGGGAGCCUUCAAUAAGCUUCACAAGCUGAAAGUCCUCAUCCUUAAUGACAAUCUGAUUUCAUUCCUGCCCGAUAAUAUUUUUCGAUUCGCUUCUCUAACCCAUCUGGAUAUACGAGGGAAUCGAAUACAGAAGCUUCCCUACAUUGGAGUUCUGGAACACAUUGGUCGAGUUGUCGAACUGCAGCUGGAAGAUAACCCUUGGAAUUGUACCUGUGAUUUGUUGCCUUUGAAAGCCUGGCUGGAGAAUAUGCCCUAUAACAUUUACAUUGGAGAAGCUAUCUGUGAAACGCCCAGUGACUUGUAUGGAAGGCUUUUAAAGGAAACCAAUAAACAAGAAUUAUGCUCCAUGGGGACUGGGAGUGAUUUUGAUGUGCGCAUUCUGCCUCCAUCCCAGCUGGAGCCUGGUUACAGCACACCUAAUGGCCACACUACGCAAACGUCAAUGCACAGGUUAGUCACCAAGCCUCCGAAAACUACAAAUCCUUCCAAGAUCUCGGGGAUAGUAGCAGGAAAAGCGCUCUCUAAUCGCAAUCUCAGUCAAAUUGUGUCUUACCAGACCAGGGUACCUCCUCUAACUCCUUGCCCAAGCCCGUGUGUCUGCAAAACUCAUCCUUCUGAUUUGGGAUUAAGUGUAAACUGCCAAGAAAGAAAUAUAGAAUCAUUGGCCGAACUCGUACCAAAACCUUUCAAUGCCAAGAAACUGCAUGUAAAUGGCAAUUAUAUUAAGGAUGUGGACACCUCAGAUUUCAUUGACUUUGAAGGGCUGGAUUUACUACAUUUAGGCAGCAAUCAGAUUGCAGUAAUCAAAGGGGCGGUUUUCCGCAACCUUACAAAUUUACGGAGAUUGUAUCUUAAUGGCAAUCAGAUAGAGCGGCUGAGUCCAGAAAUGUUUGCUGGCCUCCAUAAUUUGCAAUAUCUGUAUUUGGAAUACAACGUUAUCAAAGAAAUUUUAGCCAGCACCUUUGACUUAAUGCCAAAUUUGCAGUUGCUCUACUUGAACAACAAUCUUCUUAGAAGUCUGCCAGCUUACAUUUUUGCUGGUGCUCCACUGGCUAGACUGAAUCUGAGGAACAAUCAUUUCAUGUAUCUACCUGUAAGUGGCGUUCUUGAUCAGCUAAAAUCUCUUACACAAAUUGAUCUGGAAGGUAAUCCGUGGGACUGCACGUGUGAUUUAGUUGCUUUAAAACUAUGGCUGGAAAAACUAAAUGAAGGUAUUGUGGUGAAGGAAUUAAAAUGUGAAACACCUGUUCAGUUUGCUAACAUUGAACUGAAGUCUCUCAAAAAUGAGAUCUUAUGUCCUAAACUUUUAAACAAGCCAUCUGCUCUGUUCACUAGUCCUGUGCCUGCUGUCACUUUUACUACACCGUUGGGUCCAAUUCGAAGUCCUCCUGGUGGCCCAGUUCCAUUGUCCAUCCUAAUCUUAAGCAUACUAGUUGUGCUUAUUUUAACAGUGUUUGUUGCCUUUUGCCUUCUUGUCUUUGUGCUUCGGCGCAACAAGAAACCAACAGUAAAGCACGAAGGAAUUGGGAACCAAGAGUGCAGUUCCAUGCAACUGCAGCUAAGAAAGCACGACCACAAAUCAAACAAAAAGGAUGGACUAGGUGCAGAGGCCUUCAUUCCUCAAACCAUUGAGCAGAUGAGCAAAAGUCACACUUGUGGCUUAAAAGAAUCCGAAACAGGCUUCACGUUUGCUGAUCCACAAGGGCAAAAAAUCAUUCUGAGAAAUAUUACCGACAAGGAAAAGGAUUUAUUGCAUGUGGAUACCAGAAAAAGACUGAGCACAAUUGAUGAACUGGAUGAGUUGUUUCCUGGGAGGGAUUCCAAUGUAUUUAUUCAGAAUUUUCUUGAAAGUAAAAAAGAAUACAACAGCAUAGGGGUCAGUGGCUUUGAAAUACGUUAUCCAGAGAAACAACAAGACAAAAAAAUCAAGAAGUCAUUAAUAGGUGGUAAUCAUAGUAAAAUUGUAGUAGAGCAAAGAAAGAGUGAAUAUUUUGAACUGAAAGCUAAACUUCAAGGUUCACCUGACUACCUACAAGUCCUUGAAGAACAAACAGCUUUGAAUAAAAUAUAG